AUGUCUCCAGAUAUGACUUGUGAAUCUCCCCAGUCUUGCUCUCCAAGGCGCACUGUGGCCAAACGAAAAGAGGCCCUAGAGCUACGAAAGGUAAGAGGAAUCACCUAUUUUUUCAAUUUCGUUCACAUUUUCUCUUUCUGAAACUCGAUGUGUUGAAUUAUUUUUUAAUGUUUUGUUUGCUUUUCAGACCAUGAAACCCUUGAUGGAAAAAAGAAGGCGCGCCCGUAUCAACGACAGCCUGAACCAUUUAAAAAAUCUGAUUCUUCCCCUCACAGGAAGAGAUGUAAGUUAUAAAGAUAAUUUCAAUACUUACACAACUCUCUAUUCUGAAGUUUAUGUAUGGAAUCAGUUUCACGUGUUUGACAUUGUUUUCUUUGAAUCUUAUGCAGAAAACUCGCUACUCUAAGCUUGAGAAGGCCGACAUCCUGGAAAUGACAGUGAGGUUCCUCAGAGACAUUCCCUCCGUUAGCAUCAAAGGUGAGUCGGAGUUCUGCUUGUAUUACUCUGAAUGAAUCCAAAAUUGUUCCUUUUAUUUUAAUGAUCACAAAACUAACAUUUUGUUGCCCUUCCAGAUUCUACAGACAACUACAGAGAGGGCUACAAAGCUUGCCUUCAGCGCGUAACCGCUCUGCUCCCCAAAACCAGCCUGGAUCAAGACGCGUGCCAACGAGUGAACGGGUUCAUCAAACGUUCCACACCCGCCACCGCCACCCCAACCUGCCUGAAAUGCUGUGCUCAGAGGUCCAGGACCUCACCUCAAUUCCAGCAAAGACUUCUAAGCCUCAAAUCCAGUUUUAACUCCAGACUGGAGAGCAGCAACAGCACCGUGAAUCCCAGCUGCGCUCAGCCAGUCCCGCAUGCCGUGAGCGCAGCCAUGUGGAGACCUUGGUAG